ACACACAACUCACAGAAGAAGGUAUUCAAGAUGGCGUCCAGCAGCGGGUUGAGUAAGAAUGACUUCCGUCGUAAGUGGGAUAAAGACGAGUAUGAACACUUGGCUCAGAAACGACUGGUGGAGGAGCGGGAACGUGAACGCGAGCGGAGAGAUGGGAAAACUGUUCCGCCUGUCAAACGAGAUCUCCUGCGUCACAGAGACUACAAAGUGGAUCUGGAGUCCAAACUGGGGAAGACCAUCGUUAUCACAAAGACAACACCGCAGGCUGAGAUGGGCGGGUACUACUGUAACGUGUGCGACUGUGUGGUGAAAGACUCCAUCAACUUCCUGGAUCACAUCAAUGGCAAAAAACAUCAGAGGAAUCUGGGCAUGUCGAUGCGUGUGGAGCGGUCAUCUCUGGACCAGGUGAAGAAACGCUUUGAGGUCAACAAGAAGAAGCUGGAGGAGAAGCAGAAGGAGUACGACUUUGAGGAGCGUAUGAAGGAGCUGAGGGAGGAGGAGGAGAAGGCCAAAGCCUACAAGAAGGAAAAGCAGAAGGAGAGGAAGCGGCGAGCGGAGGAGGAUGUGGACUUUGAGGAGGAUGAUGAGAUGGCCGCCGUUAUGGGCUUCUCAGGCUUCGGCUCAUCGAAGAAAAGCCACUGAGGAACGGUGUGAAGGACUGUAAGCUGAAGAAGGUUCCCUGGCAGCCUUUGGCUCGCUGGAUCCAGAUCAGACUUUAAAGACAGGAAACAUGCCGGCUCUUAUUUUGGUCAAAGCUGCCAAGCUGCUGACAUUUGGACCCAAAAUUAAAAUUCAUCCGGUAAUUUGAGAGCGGUCCGGUGUAUCUGUGUGUCUUCUCCCGUAACUCAGUGACUCACUCCUCCAAGAUCAGGCAGGUUUGGUUCCAGGGUCAUUUUAAAUUAUUCUUCUCAGUUGGAGGUAAAAUUGUCUUUAGUAAAACUCAAAAUACUUAAAUAAAAAUGGAAAUAAC